UAAUAUUUUUGAGAAUAUUCUUGUGGUUAGGUUUUCUUGUACAAGAGUAUACAUAACGUAAAGUGCUUGACAUACAUAAGCAAGUGAAAAUUUCCAAUUAAAAAUGAGUCUCGUAGCGUAUGACAGCAGCGACGAGGGAUCUGAGAACGAGGAAAAUGAAACUGAAAAAGAAACAAUUGUCGCAAACGAGAGGAAUGAUGACACGAUAGAAACAAUAAUCGUACAAACGAAUUCUAAAUUAUCUUUACCUUCUCCAAAAGUAAUUACACUAAGUAAGAAGGACGAGGAAGAAGAAGGCAGCAAUGCAAAAACCUUCGAAACCUUCGAAAAUUUUUUCGAUAUGUUACCAAAACCCGAAAGUUUAAAUUCUACAGAAAACCUUGAAGAGGAUAAUAAUGAUGUCUUGUUGAAGAAAAAAACGGAAACUCGAACUGUAAAGCCAGUAAAAAAGCAGACAGUAAAAAUAUCAGUGCCUUCUUUAUCAGAAUUUAAAGAUCUUGAGGAAGAGGAAGAUGAGAAGAAACCAGCUAAGAUUAUACAACCAUCGCAAAAAGGCUGUGGACUCUUUUCCCUUUUAGUUCCACCAAACAAAGAGAUGGCAAAUAGCAAAAUUCUAAUACCUCAAAGUGUUAAGAACACAAAAGCAAAUAUUCAGCAGCUAAAAACAAUAAGAAAAUCUAAUUCAAGUAAGAUUAAUGAUUCUAAAGUAACACAGCCACUUUUAGAUAAACCAUACAAUGAGAUGAGUUCUGAUGAAGAAGAUGUGCCAGAAGAUUUCUUUGGAUUAACUACAAACAAAGAUACGCCAGACAGCUCUGCAUCAAAAUUAUCAAAUACAGAAUCACUUUCAUAUGAUUUUACACAUAAAUCGCAUGAAGAAACUUCGCUCAGAAAGCGCAUAGAGGAUCAUACAAUACAAGAUUCCUCCACCGUUACUUCUGAUAUGUUCAAUGAUCAAUUGGGCAAUUCAAGCAAAACAUUAAUAAGCAAUGUUAUAAAUUUACCUAAAGAAGAAAUAUUACAGAAAAACAAAGCAGAGGUAGGACCAAAAUUACCUGUUCCUGAGCAAGAAUACAACGUUGAUAUGGAAGGAAAUGUAGCAUUUGAUGAAAAAGCAAUUGAGUAUCUUUGUGGAAAACGAGGUAUAAAACGCAAAGACACAGAAAUUGAUGAAGCAAAUAUAAUUGAAAUAAAUGGAGAAGAUAUAAAACCAGAUGAAAGGGAAUGGCUGGUAAAAGCACUAACAGAAGAGCCUGUACAAAGACCGAUAUCUAUGCAAAGCUGUGGAAUCAAUUCCCAAUCCAAAAAGAAGCAUCAAAUAACUUAUUUAGCGCACCAAGCCAAAGCCAUGGAGUUAGAACUCAAAAACCAAUGGUCUCAAAAUAAAAUGACAAGAAAACAGACAAAAUCGAAGUAUGGUUUCUAAAAAAAAUUUUACAAAAUAUUUUCAUAUAUGCAUAUUUAAUCUUUUAUUUUU